AUGCCAGCCCUCGGUGACUCAGCCUCCUCUCUUUCGUCUAGCGGCCUUAGCGUCGUAUGGGUCACUCCCGAGCUCAGAUACCUCGUCCUCGCGCUGCUGGACAAAGCCACACUGGCGACGCUCUUGCGUGUCGAGAAGGGAGCGACGGCUGCGGUAGCCAGUCUGCUAUACAAGGAGGUGACGGAGGAGCAGGCAGGGAGGAUGGACAGAGACAGUGAUCGUCGAGCCGCCUGCUGCGAUGCGGUUCAGAUCAUCAAUCGCAACCCCCCUUCCCUUGACCCUCUCGCCGAGGACGACGAGGACGACACCCACGUCCCAGUCAGAUUCAGCGCCAUCAACCUCUCUAGCGAUCUUGCCGCCUGGCGAACUACCUUCCCCAAUCUCCGCACCGUCCUCGCCGAUCGUCCGUCGCACGAAGCAGAUGACGUCUAUACCGUCCACUGCGAGGGGGACAAAACUCGGCUCGAGCUCGAGACCCGCGUCGGGCUCGACAUCUACACCCACCCAGAUCCUCUCGCCAUCCCACCUGCACUGCCGUCGGUACCGGUUCUGGCGGGUGUAGAGGUGCAUCACGUCAUCUCUCUCAAGUUGGAGGAUGGCGGCGAGGAGGAGUUAUGGGGGAGCACGGAGCGGGAUGAGGCUCUCAACAAAUGGAAAGAGUGGCUGUAUCGGAAGCCGCUCGAUCCCCGAGUGGUCAACGUCGACCAUUACUCGGUCGCCAACAUGCCCUUCACCUACCGUGACGCGGCUACCUUCAUCGCCAAUCGGGCGGCGGCCGGUCACGAGCCCCUCCGGAGCGUACACGUACCCUCCGACCUGCCAUACCGGGACCCUGAGUAUAGCGUCUUCAUGAUCGACCGUAUGUCUCCUCACAUACGGAAACUAUACAUCACCCUCCCUCUAUUCAACGAGCUCCUCGAACGCGCGGCAAUCCCUCUUUUCAUCCUCACCGCCCUCCUCGCAAAUCUCGAAUAUCUCGACCUUGUCGACUUUUUCUACCACGACUUCCCAUUCGUCACUUCCAUCCCCCUCAUCGGCUUUCCAAAACUCCGUGAGCUUCGGCUUUACUGCGUCCCCGACGGCCUGUCUUGGGAAGCGCUGGCAGCCUACGUUUGCCAGCUCGGCUCAGAAGACUGCAUCUACAGGUUGAUGGAUGAGAAUUUGAAGGAGAUAGGGGGGAAAGAGUUCCAGGAGCUGGCAACGCUGGCCAAGCUCACCUUCGCUUUGACCUUUCGCAUCUCUUCUCCUCCUCUCCACACUUCUCCCUACAUACGCGAUUACCUCACCAUGACGUUCGCACGCAGCAAGAAGCCCGCUCGCCGCACCCUCACCGCUGAUGUGUGGGAGCUCAUACUUCCCUAUCUGCGAAGACCGCCCGUCGAACCACAAUCCUCUCCGGAACGUUUGAGGAUCUACCAAGGGCCGUUGCUCUUCCGCUCUAUCUGCGAACGACUCCUCUACGCCCACAUCACCACUGACUGGCUCGACAAGCUCCUCGAGAACGCCGACCAACCUUGGCGCCAGCGCCUCUUUCAGCACACCCGCUCCCUUCGCAUCGAAUACGGUGACAGAGACAGGGAGUCGUACCGUCUCAUCAUGGCCCGGGGAGCAGAGUUCUGGGACUACUGGGGUCAAACGGCGGAUGAGGCAGAGUUGACAGAGAUGAAAGAGUGCAGGGCGGAGAUGGAGAAUUUGACGGAGGCGUUGACAAAGGCGAACAAGGUCGGGACCCAGAAGCUCUUCCCCCGCCUGGAGACUAUCGCCGUCUCUAGCGUGUACGGGAAAGGAACCGACGUCUGGCAGCGGUACGAGGACUUUCUCGACGAGCUCGAACUACGGACCAACAUCGAGCGGUGCUGCGAGCAAUUCACCACGUUCUGCACCAGCGGUAACGUCCGUCACAUCUGCCUCGAGCAGAUGGUCAGUUCCCUCUACGUCUACUGGCGUAAUGUCUCCUUCCCUAUCGACCAUACCAUGUCGACCACGGAACACUCGGUCAACGUCGAUACCUACUUCUCCCUCUGGCCCGGGCUGCCCCUGCGCUGGGUCUGCACCAUGCCUCCCACCUCCGACUUCGUCGCCGGUAUACGCUUGGUCACCAAGGCGCUGGAGUAUAUCCUCAGGCAUCGCGACCUUGCUCCUCCAUCCCAGUGUCGCGGCAAGCCCCCCGUAACUCUCGACAUCUACUACUCCACCCCCACCGUUCCGCGCACCUCGUCGAAGAAACUCGGGCCCAAACUCUACGACUUUGGCGUACUCGGUCGUAUCACCUUCCCGCCCAACUCACCACGCCGGUCGUUGACGCUCGAGGAGCAGCGGACGAUCACGGCCGAGCUCGGAGCGAAUGCGCAAACCCUCUUUCGGUCGAGCAAAAACGGUCAUCCCGCGGAUCAAAUUCGGUGGUACCCAUCUGGCGAUGCUCCUCUCUGCGACGCCUGCGGUAUCGAUUCCUGGAGCCGGCAAGAUCAGGUGGAAUGGUGGGGAGAAGGGACGGUAUAG